AUGGCGGCGCCCGCGCAUUCCGUUCCCGCCAACUCGACCCGCCAGGGGCCUUCAGCCACGGGCUCAGCGCGCCGCCGGGGUAAGGCAGGGCAACACCCCUUCACGUCCAAUCCAACCCCUUCCAACCAGCAUGUGCAGGUGCAGGUGCAGGUGCAGGUGCAGGUGCAGCCAGUUCCCGACGCGAGCAAAAGCAGGCGCGCGCGCAAGAAGCCGCGCUCGCUGCCGCGGCGCCUGAAGCGGCGCGCCAUCAAGCAUACGUGGUCGAUCCCGUUGCUGCUGCUCGUCGCGAUCGCGUCGCUGUACGCCCUCAACCCGACCGAGUCGAACGUCAUCCACCACUUCGUCUUCCUAUCCUACCGACAAGACCCCGAUCCCGCGGCCCCCGGCGCGCCGGCCCAGUAUGGCAAGGGCCUGUGGGAUAUCGCGUUCGUGGCCUUCUACACGGUCGCACUGUCCUUCAUGCGUGAGUUCAUCAUGCAGGAGGUGCUGCGUCCGUGGGCCCGGGUCGCGGGCAUCCGGUCGCGCGGCAAGCAGCUGCGCUUUAUGGAGCAGAUGUACACGGCGAUCUACUUUGGGGUCGCCGGGCCCGCGGGCCUGUAUGUGAUGUCGCGGUCGCCGGUGUGGUACUUUAACACGACGGGCAUGUACGAGCUGUUCCCGCACCGGACGCACGAGGCUGCGUUCAAGACGUAUUAUCUGAUUGAGGCGGCGUAUUGGGCGCAGCAGGCGCUGGUGAUGCUGCUGGGCAUGGAGAAGCCACGCAAGGACUUUAAGGAGCUGGUCGCGCACCAUAUUGUGACGCUGGCGCUGAUCGGGUUGAGCUACCGGUUUCAUUUCACGUAUAUCGGCAUUGCCGUGUACAUCACGCAUGACAUUAGCGACUUCUUCCUUGCGGUCUCCAAGUCGUUGCACUACCUCGAUUCCACGCUGGUCAUGCCCUCGUAUGCCCUUAACGUCGGCACUUGGAUCUAUCUCCGGCAUUAUCUGAACUUGCGCAUCAUCUGGUCGCUUCUGACCGAGUUCCGGACGGUGGGCCCCUACGAGCUCAACUGGGAGACGCAGCAGUACAAGUGCUGGAUCUCGAAUAUCGUCACGUUCGCCCUGCUGGCCAUGCUGCAGGGCCUCAAUCUCUUCUGGCUGUAUUGCCUCCUACGCAUCGCGUGGAAGUUCCUGUCGACCGGCGAGAAGAAGGAUGAUCGGUCGGAGGAAUCGGAGCCUGAAGAUGUGGCUCAGCAUCAGAAUGGUCAUGCUAAUGGGCAUACUCUGGCUAAUGGCAAUGGUGGAAACUAA